AUGAUACAAACAUUCAUUGACGAUGUAAAAUGCAAUACAAAAGCCAGUAAUAGCGAAGAAAAAGUGAGUAAUCGCUCUUCGGAUAUCCCGUUUAUCCAAAAAAGGCUCAUGCAAAUACUUAUUGGCGUGGUGGUUGCCUUUUGGUUAGGUUAUCUGACGUCGUCAUGGGGGCUGCUUGACCAUCUAAUCCAUCAGACACAAUUUCUGUAUAUCAUUGGUGCAUUGAGUACCGCCUAUUUUAUUAUAUUUAUUUUACUAGAACGUAUUGCCGAGUCCGAGGCACAACAGGUCAGUGAAAUAAUCGGAUCAACAAGCGCUUUGCAGUAG